AUGUCCCAAUUGCGUGAAAGUUCACCCGUGCACUAUCUCGUGCCCCGACAACCGGCUUUCGUUGAAGCGGAGCUUAGAGCCGAGGGCACGCGUCUGCUGUUUCUGUUGCAUCGCUCGCGCCAGCAACUGGAAACGCUUUGGAGUGAACGUUCCACCGAGUUACUUUCCGGAUCUAGUCCAAAACAUGAAAUUGAACGUCUAGACCGUCGCUUUUAUACCGAGUUGAGAAAGCUUGAUCGCCUUGUUUCCCGCUUCCACCUCCUCGGGGGGCUUCUCCCGGCAGCGUUGCACCGCGAAUUGACCUGGCUCUUUCUCAACCUCUGCUUGGGUGACGCGGCUAUCACGCUACGUGACUUGGAUGUUCGUAGCGUCUGCGCCGAACGACUCUCGGCAACUUUGUUGCAGCGGGAUCGGUACGAGGCCCAGGUCGUCCGGCUUGCUCAGGAGGCUGCAGGCGUAUCGGCGCCGUGGUCAGGUUCAACCAGUGGCGAACGUUGGCGGAAGCUCACGCAACCGCUGGCAGCUUUCGAGGGAAUCUUCUGUGCACUUGACCGCAUACUGCGAGCGUAUCACUUUGAUGAUGACGUGUCCAGUGCGAGUGUGGACUUGGUUCCGCCCUGCUCCAAUGAUAUCGAAGCGGAUGCCUUGUCGUUGCAUGGUGCCGUCCAUAGUCCUCAAAGCCGCUCGAUUCACGUGAGAGCGCUACUCGGGCUUGUGGAAGUGAUUCGACCCUUGUUUGCGAGCUGUGCGGAGCGCAUCUGGUGGGAUCACUAUCGGCCUCGUAUCGUGGCAGCCGCUGAGCAGCACGCUCCCGAAGCCAGACGCCAGCUCUAUCUGGAAGCCAUCCUGUGUACGAAGCUACUGCCCACAGAGCUGGAGAGUGACGCAGACACCUCCGGAUGCACCUGGGUGCGCGAUGCCUUCGAACACGGCUACAACGCGGGCGCAUUCUCCGACGCACAGUGGAGCGGCAGCACGUUCACGGAGUGGGAUACGCUGUGGUUAGAGCUGUGGUCACGCGUAGCCCGGGAUUUGUUGCCUAUGACCCAGCGUCAUGCAUGGCAGGAGAGUCUGUCCAAGCAACCGCAAGAGAGGCAACAGAGCGCAAGAGAGAAGGAGCAGCUUCUGCUGCCCAGCAUCGCGUCACUUUCUCAGAAAAUUUUCGAGUCUCUAGGGAUGCCUCUGGCUGACUUUGCGUACGCUCGUCCCGAAGAUCAUGGAUUUCCUGAGAGCAUGCGCUUUGCAGUUGGCUCCAACGUCCCGGAACGAAGGAUUCGUGCCUGCACCGAGCUCAUGGUGCGCUACAUCGGCAGCGGAGUGGAUCCGUAUGCGACCAACGAGUGCAUCCUUACGGGGCUCAGGCGGCUGCUUGCCCUGACGGACAUUGCGAUCCAUCCCAACCGCGGUGGUGUCUGGGCACCGCGUUUCGGCGCCUUUGUCGAGACACUAGCCACAGCGAUGUUCGAGCGCGUCUCCCAGCAACAGAUACACGGAGAUUCAGCGCUAUACGAUCGAAUCGCGGAUUGUCCCCAGGAAUCCGAGCACCAACUCAGCACUGCUUGCGUAUCGCGCAUUGUGGAGAUGCUGUCGGAGACUCUGGAGCGGGCGCUCUUAUCCGCGAACAGAGCGCUGGCGAGUCGAGCGCAACACUCUCUGCGGUUGAUGCUGCGGAUGCUGGCCCCGACGUCGGACUCGGCGAGCUCGGCACCGCAUCUAUCCCUGAGUUGCACGCGUUGGGCUCGAGCGCUCUUCGAGAGCGUCGUCCUUGAUACGUUCGAACAGGAAUCCAAGGCGUCGAGACGUGCCACGGCUGUAGGCGUGGCGAUGAUCCUGUUACCGUACCUGCUGCCGCCUCAGGAUGGAGCGCCUGACGGGCGCGAUGACGAGCUCGAGUCACAAGUCGCAUCGCGGGAGUCAGUGGAAAAUCGCCUUGUGCUUCUCCUGGACUAUAUCCUGGAAGGCACUUCAGCGAGCGACGCACCGUUUGCCGAGGCCGCCUACCACUUCUGCCUGCGCCUGCUGGAUCUGGUUCAUCCAUUCAUGCAGACGGAGCAGCACGCUUCGGUCGAAGUGGGUGUGUUUCUCUCACGCUCUGCAUACACAUUCUUGAUCGAGGAGUGGCUCUACCGGUUCGCCGAGCGCAUCUUCGACGUCCUGGAUGCACUGGAGGAUCGCGAUGCCUCCUCGCCAGCGCCGUCCCUACAAGUGUUCGAAAACCUCAUCAUGAGAAUGAGUGAAGUACUGCAGAGCUAUGAAGGCGACACUGACGCAGCGGACUCGCUAUGGCAUCGCCUCUUCAUCGAAAAGGUCCUGGAGGAGCGACUCACUGGCCACCGAGCACUCGACAACGCCACGAAAGAGUGGUCUGCUGUCGUUCGUGCCCUGGUUGCUUCGACAGACAAGGCACCGGUGCGUCGUCGCCACGCGCUGAUGGAUCGCCUCUUGGCGGCUGCAGCUGCAGAUGCAGAUGCGGCUGCUGCACUGACGACGACAUCAUCAACAACAACAACAACGCCGCCGACGCUCCAGGCAUGGCGACUUGGCCUGCUGGGUCAGGCGUGUCGACGCUAUGCAGACGCUUCGGAGCUUGCGCUUCGCUACGGAGAUCGCAUUGCGGUGCUAAUACAACGUGCCUGUUGCGCUGUUGCUGAGCGCUCGGUCUACAAAGCGGGCGGCAAACUGCUCCGUGGCUUGAUGCAAGGACUGACCGAUUCGUGGCCUGUAGCUGUGCGAGCAAAACAGGUACCAGUUGCCGAGCGCUGGCAGCGUGUGCGCACGCUCUGGCAUCAAGGCUGCUCCUUGAGUCUCUGCAUUCAGCAGAUCAGCUGGCAGCACAUCGAGAUUCAGUGGCAUGAACCUUGCCCUGAUGCGGUUCAGUAUGCGUGGUCCUUGUUUGCGCAGAAUCUGCGAGCGAUAGAAGCAUUCCUCGGUGACGCUUCCGCAUCCAUCGAUACCAAUAAGGCCAAAGCAGCUGCUCGCUGGCUCUUUGCGCUUCGUCGCGGAGCACGCUGGUUGCUCUCCGGGAAGCGCAUGCGCUCUGGUCUGGAUUCCAUCGGUGACGAAAUGAUCGACAAUGCUUUCAAUGCAGAGGACGCGUUUGAUACACUAGACGAGGAUCUCCCGGGCGCGUUUACCGACUCGAAUGACGCUGAGCCCGUAUCCGACUCGCCCCGCAAAUCACCCGACUGGACUGCCUUGAAUGGCAAUGCUUCGGGCUUUCUCGACUUGCUUCCAUCGAAUGCAACGCAACUGCUCGAGCAGUGGCAAGCGCUGGUGCUGCGCAUCGUCCUCGCUGCAGAUCCGGAUACGCUUCAACGCGAUGCCCUGCGACCGUUGGAGAUCGGGCACCAGGGCUUUUCCAUCGAUGACGCUGGGGCACAACGCGCCGGACGAGGUCGUGCUCGUCGACGCUUUGCGCUGCGGGCGGUUAACGAGUCCGCAGUGGAUGUGAGCGGGUGGGCGCUGCUGGAGGCACCGCCCUGGAGCUUGCAGGCGUUUGCGUUGGCGGCACUGGAGAGCCGGCGCUCGCUCGCCGCUCGUGCCGGGAGCUUUGCGAUAUGCUGCGGCAGCAUAGCAGCCGCACACGAUGAUGCAUUCCCCAAGCCGCUCCUCAAAGUCUUGCUCUCGGAGCGCGGCGUCUUGAGUGACUUUCCGGGCGUCGGGCGUCGAGCACGGGCACUGCUGCUUCCCGCGUGUCGAUUCCUGUCGCUGUAUUCGCUCAGAGCGCUCGUUCUGAGACCCAUUCUUCACGAACUCGACGCAGCGGCUGCAAUCGACGACAAAGUUCUGCUUCGACAACAACGUACCCGUUUGGAAAGCGUUUUUCUUCUGCUCGAUGCGCUGUCACCGCGACUCGCCAGCGAAGCACGACUCUUCCGGGAGCUCGUGGCGACGGUGUUACGCACUGCCUGUCGCGGUACCUGGAUGACCAAUCUAGCCAGCGUAUAUGCGUUUGCAAUGAGGCUCUUGUUCAAGGUUGCGCUUCGUGUGCGCAGACUCGCGAUGCUGAGCUCGACGCCACCUCGUGAUGAGCGCUGUGCGACGCUGCCCAGCAUCGACGCCGGACACCAGCUAUCCGAGGGAGCAUUUGCGUCGAUGCUCCUCUGCGUCGCACAGCGGGGUGCGUAUCCGGAGCCUUGCGCGAACGUCGCAGCGUUGACAGGCGCGACGCAGCAGCUGGCGUGGCCCACACGCGCAGUUGCUGCCUGGCUUCUGAUCCAAUAUGAUCUCGUUCGUGAAGCGCACUGGCGGGCACUCGGUGUGCGGGACUCGUUCAGCGACUCCGUGGCGGUGAGCUGGCGACGAGCCCUGGACGCUGCCAUGUCGCUCGCAAACGAUGCCCAUCAUGCGGCACUGCGACGACUCGGUACGUUGCUGGUCUGCCGACUCAGCGCGUGCAGUAUCGCGCGAUCGAAUGCUCUCGAUGCUUCGUGGCGCUCCGCGGAGCAAGUCCAGGCCCUGUUGUACGCCAUGUAUCUGGAUGCCAAGGGCCCGUUGUCGCUCUUCAUAUCGUCGGCAUCGAGUCCGACGGAUGCUGCAGCAGCUGCAGCGGCAAACGAAGGCGAUGUGUUGUCGAGUCUGACUGCUGCGGUCGCUCAGCAGUGGACGGGAGCAGCAGCUGCAGCGGGGUCGAUCGCUGCCGGCGCCCUGGCGGAUGUCAUCCUCGAUGCGGCGGCGGCAUCGUGGGAGCUGCUCAGCGGUGGCCCUGUGUGGCCGUCCAUUCGCGACGGCUGCCUGGGCUCUUCUCUCAUGGUUAGUCGACAACCCGGUGAACACUGGACAUUCGCCAUGCUGACGCGAGUGCGAUGCCUUGAGCGCCUCCAUGGACUGAUGGAUGCAUCGGAACGACAACGCGUCCAGUGGUACCGCGAGUCGGCGCCUGACCUCUCGAUGCUCCACGGUACGCAGGUUGUCGAUGGCGACGGUGCCGCGGACGACCGCCUGCGCAAACUCGAGCACGAGAUCCUGGUAGCCACCGCGAGUCGCGAUCUGGACAGACUAGCGCAAUGCAUCGAAAAAUGUCCGUCGCAGCUGGUAUGGCGGAGUCUGAUCGUGCCAGCGCUGCGAUAUCUGGCCGACCAGCCGCUGUAUUCGGAAGCGGAGCUUGCCGACAAACACCCGCUCAUCGAUAUGGUGAUGAGGUUAGCGAGUGCUCGUGUGCGACGGGCGCCCAAUGCCUGGAAUGCGCUCCUGGAUGAGACUGUACCACACACCGACGCGACAGCGGUCGUGCGUACGCUGCAUUGCCUCGAAGCGCUGGGUCGAGUAGCGCCACCAGCUUCGUUGCGCUACGAGCUUCUCAUGGGGCGCCUCUCUGGCGUCGAGCGGGAUGCUGCUGCAUCGCUCCUGGCUGUCUGGGUCGCGAAUCAUCGCUCGCUACUGACCGAGAUGCUGGAGCGAUGGCGGUUGUAUGUCGCGGGACUGGAGGCGGCUUUCACGUCUGGGGGCGUGCCGGCUCAGGGCGCCUUGCCUGACCGUCUGUUCGCAGCCCGGGAUACACUGAUAAGCUUCCUGGAGCGACUUUGUAGCUGGCGACUGCACGAUGUUGCAGCGUUCUUCCAGCAACAGCCGAUCUCGGUGAUCGACUGGUGCCUGGCGCAGCUGGGUACCGCGCUUGUGUUCAGCGACGACCUCCGUGGCGACGUUUCCGGAAUGCCCGGGAGCACGGGCUCAGCGGCGACGCUCGGGCAACGCGAAUCCUUAGCGCAGCAUGCGCGCAACACCUGGUAUCUCUUGGCACAGACGCGAGCGCUGGUCCUUUUCCAGCGUACGUUAUACGCAGUCGCUGAAGCGCGUCGAGACCCUCGCUUGUGGCCGUUCCGCGAAGCCGCCCUGCAAGCUGUUCGCCUUGCGAUGAAUGACCACCCGUUUGCAUUGGUUGAGGGCGCCACAGCCACAGCCGCAGGCACUUCAGCCAGCACACCAGCAUUGCAAUGGAUCGACGAGCUACUACCCUUUCUGAACGACACCGAAGUUGCCGUUCGCAAAGUCGCUGCCCAAGCGCUGGCGGCAUGGAGCCGCUGGUUCGUACCCCAUGCCUCUGAUCACGAUGAUGAACGCAUGCUCCACGAACCUGUUAUUCGGACGUACUGGUGCGAGGCCAAUGAUCGAAUCGACGACCAGGGCCGAGCGCUGGUGCUCGCCGCACUCAUCCAGUACCAUCCGUACAACGUCCGCCCGCGUUGGAUGUCGGAUGUGCUCCAUGCACUGGUGCGCCUCACUGAAGUACGAUCCUCGAAUCGAGCGUCGCUUCAUCAUUCGACGGCUCGCCGACGCGAAGCAGCGCAGGUCGCGCGCCAGUGCCUGCAGGCGUUUCGCCAUAUGCACCACGCACAGUGGACUCGCGAACAGCAACAACUUGAACCGAGCGUUCGCGAGCAACUUGCGGACUUGUGGCUCGGAAGUGCGUACGUCGUCUAA